GGAAGCGCUAUCUAUCUGGAGGGCCAACAACAUAACUGCUCUAUGCUCUCCAUCAGUGGCCAGAAGUCUUCUGAAUCUCCGAACACUAUGGAUAGUAUUUUGCCAAUCAAUGGAAGAAGUGAUUACAGAAGAGGAACAACAAGGAGAUGAAAUCAUGACAAAUGAUACCUUAUUUCGCCGGUUGGAAGAGUUGAAGCUUUACAAUUUGCCAGAGCUGGGGCAUUUCAUUCUUACAAAGCAUACUCUUGAAUUUCCAUUUCUCAGAGGAGUGCAGAUUCAUGGUUGCCUUGCAAUGAAGACGUUUGUCCCUGUCAGUACACCGAGUCUCGAAAUUGUGAACGAUGAUGACGAAGUAAAAGUAGAUGAUCUGAAUGAAUGGAUACAUCAGCGGUUCAUUUCUAAGGAAGAAGAUGGAAGCGAAAUCUGAAGAUUCAAUCGAGUGACGACAGAACCUAAAGUGUUGUCUAUGAAUCCAAAACUAGGAAGGUAA